UAUAUGUCUCAGAAAUUUACACGUUUCGUUCGAACUGUGAAACAUUAAAAGAUAACAGUUAAAGGUAAUUAUAAUUUACAUGAGUUUUUUUACAUCAGCGCCACUAGCGUUUUACUACUAUUGUUUCUAUUAUCAAAACUCUUCAUGCAUGUUGUUUCGAUUUUAUUUCGGCACAUCUUUCUUAAAUGGUGCAUUUUACUCCAGAUCGACUCAAGAAUCAUCUCAAUGCAAUGUGCUCUGAAAACUAUGACGUAGCAGGCGGCUCAGAAACGAUCGUGGUUGACGUUUCCGGUACGCAGUGAAGCAUAACGAUUGUGUGUUAUUUCCGGAGGACAAAGAUCAACAUUAGAAGAAACAAUGAAACGGAAUAAUGCAGAUUGCAUAUGUUGAUCGGAGCGUAGGGGCAAUUUUAUCAGUUUAUUUGUAUUCUUUAUUGAUAGUGCUACUUAGUAUGAAUAUAAAUAGUGCACAAGUGAUCAACGACGUAACGCCUAUAGACAAUCGACAGUCCUAUGGAACUGUACUGUACAACAGCGUGGGAAGGUGUUUCGAUAUGAAUGACCCCCGAAUAAUUGAAGCUAAGCGUAUAUUCCAGGAUCUCAUGCCGUAUCGUAAGAAAAAGUUUGAUCCCUUGUCCGAUGAAAUCGUUCAGAGUCUCCUGCUCUACUUUAGCUCCGCCAGCAGAGUAGUUGACAAGCUGAUAACCAAGAACGAUGUAGUCGUAGCUGCUUGGUAUGAUACGACUGGAGAUUAUCUACACAGCUAUCUCUAUCCCGUGACAAAAUACUGUUUCUACUCUGGAAACGUGAGCUACUUUUCCGUUCAAAACGUUCAAGAGUAUUUCAAGAAGAUCAAACUUCGUCUCGAUACGGAUGGCAAUGGUUGGUCUAACCUGGAUUUAGACGCGAGCGGAUUUCAGUCGUCCAUUCAGGUGCUUAAAACCUAUCAAAACUAUACCAAGUGCUCAGAGUUGAGUUUCAACUCGAGUGUGGAAAUUCCUCUACCGAGGCUUGAGAUCGACGACGAUUCCAAAGAAGUUAUAUCUUUAUGGGUACCCUUGAAGUCAAGACAGGUUUACGAUCCGCGAACGAAAGCUUCUCUAUCGAUACUCAGAAUAUACGUGGAAACAGUUCUACAUUGCACUUCUAGUGGGAAACAAACUUAUCAGUUUGCAGUCCGAUUCAUGCAGUGGAUCGAAGAAAAUUUAAAGAAGUGCCUUACAGAUGCUACAUUCUAUCCAGGAUUGGAAUCGAUUCUGCGAAUCAAAAAAACUUUCGAAGCUGAAGUCGCCAUUAGAUCUGUGAGGAAGAAGUCAGUGAUCGAAGCUGACCACGAAUCAAAUUCGGGACUCAUGAGAUUAAUGGAUAGUUUAUUGGGAUCCGACGACUCAACGGAAACAGAAAACGACGACUCGGACGAGACAACCGAAGAUGAACGACGUUGGAUGCGAAUAAAACUCUUAACAGCAACUGUCUUUUUUGCGAUCUUCUUUCUGGUGCUUGUCGUUGUCGUAUCGGUCAAGCUGCGGAUGAAUCGAAAAGCCAUGAAACGGAAAGCAGCCGUCAAGAAAGAACACUUUAAACCAUGGGAUCGUAAGAGAUUUUCCAAGCGAAGGGGUGAUCAUUCGGAAGAAGAGGUCCUGCUGAUGAUGGAGAAACAGCCGAACGCAUCUGAAACCAGUGAAAGUGGAUGGAGACACGUAAGACCCCAGUUGCGACAUGACAGAGGCAAACAACAACAGCCCACAACAAGCCGACAAAUUCCUCCGUUUUCGGAUACCGAGGAGGAUGAUUUUCUUCCGUUCCAACCGAAAAAGUUUUCCUCGGAGAAAGUUCCCCUUGUCGCAAACGAGAACCCUAAGAAAAAGAGUCGCUGUGGACGUGGAUGUUUGUGCGUAAGCUGUAUCAGAAAACCAAAGAACCACCAUGAGCCUCAAGAUCUGCAGAACAACUCAGCGUAUAAACUGGCAAACAAAGCCGUAGAUCGAGAUGGGGAACGAACGAAAGCGGAGCUCCCUACGACCAAACCGGCAGCGAAAGAGAAAUCUAGUUUAAGAUAACUGGUAAAAGUAUAUGCUGUUGUGCAGGAUGAUUCCAAGCAGCGUGUUGAUCAUGAAAAGCUUAAAAAAACUAUGAACUAACAUAACUACACGUAAUUUGCGUUGAUACAAAAAUAAGCACAAUGCGCGACAUGUGUGUUUCGUCGUUUUUUUUAAAUAUAUAUUUGAUUUUUUUUACGCGGAAUAUAUUUAAUGUUGGUCGGAA